GCCCUCAGCCGAGCGGCACGUUCGAAAGGCGGCGGCGGCCAUGGUGGAGGGCCCGGGCUGCGCGCUCUGCGCCGAGCGCCUGCGGGCGCGCCUGCGCCGGGGGCAGCGCGUGCGGGCCGCGCGGGGCGGCGGCGCGACUGCUGCAAGUAAAGAGAGAAUCUCUGGUCAUGAUUUCCUUGUUGGACAUGUUUACAGGGGUGUGGAGACAUUGGGAAAGGAACUUUUUAUGUAUUUUGAUCAAAAAGCUUUGAGGAUUCACUUUGGUAUGAAUGGUUCCAUGCACAUUAAUCCUGAUGGAAGCAAAGACAGAAACAGAGCACAACCAAUUUUGGAGAUACAGCUUAUGGAAGAUACUGUUUGUUUUUGGGAUGUGACAGUAGAAUAUAGAAAUGCAGCUGAGUGUGAGCAGAAAGUGAGGAUGAUGGAAAGUUUGGAUGUCUGUUCUCCAAAGUUUAGCUUUUCAAGAGCAGAAAAUGAGAUUAAGCAGCAGAGCACCCGUAUGCUGUGUGAUGUGUUACUGGAUCAAACAGUAUUACCUGGAGUAGGAAAUAUCAUAAAGAAUGAAGCACUGUUUGAUAGUGGUCUUCAUCCAGCUCUUAAGGUUUGCCAGCUGAGAGAUGAGCAUAUACGUCACUUGGUGAAAAUGACACGUGAUUUUACCCUGCUUUUUUAUAAGUGCCGCAAAACGGGCUCUCCGCUAUACCGACACUACAAAGUGUACAAGCGCCCAGCAUGCAGGGAGUGCAGUGGCAGCAUCACCGUGUGUCGUUUGGGAGACCACAACAGGAUGACUUACUUCUGCUCUCGAUGUCAAAAAGCAGAUCCCCAGCUUGUCAAUCUUAGCAAACUGCCAGCUAGAAACAGCCUAAUUGGCUGGGCAUAUGGCAGGGGGUCAUGUUCUAAUGAACAUGUAGCUCGGAAAUCUGAAGAGGAGUGGACAUGUUUGUGCUGCACCCUAAUAAACAAGCCUUCUGCUGAAAUUUGUGAUGCCUGUUUGACUUCAAGACCUGAAGUUCCAAAGAUGGAGAGUUUCGAAGAUUCUGCAGCCUUUAACACAAACUUAAUGAAGUACCCUUGUAAUGAUUUCAGAAAACCAAGCACAGAAAUAAAGAUCAAUAGGAAGACUGCAUUUGGAACUACAACUCUUGUCUUAACAGAUCUUGGUAACAAAACUGUUCUUAGAAAUGAUAUCCAGGUAUCUGGUGGACACUCUCAGUGUGUUUUUCCAAAAAGCAAUUGUAAACAGAUCCAAAGCAAUGCCUGCCAGUCAGGAGGAAGAAAAGACAAGGACUGCUCAACACCUGUAACUGCCCUGCCUUUGUCCUCCUGUCAGCAGCCUGUCUCUUUCAAACACAUACAGAAGAAACAGAAAACUGAUCAUGUACCUUCGGUUCACCCAUAUAAUACAGCAAUCAGAGCCCUGUUCAGACACAUCCGUUGCCUAGUUAAGAGAAAUGUGAGAAUCUAUGAGGGUUGUCACAGAAAAGUUGGGCAGAUAGUAACAGCAGUAAUGGGAGUGCAAGGUAGAUGUCACUUACAAUGCGCACCUCAAAGUAAUGUGACAGAUGAUACUGGGAUGUUGAGCAUGGGGCAUCCUCGGUGCACUAAACACAGACGUCUCUGCAGCCUCAGAGUUGUGAGAAAGGAUGGAGAAAACAAGGGAAGGCAGUUUUACUGCUGCUCUCUCUCCAGGGAAACUCGGUGUGAAUACUUUCAAUGGGCUGACUUGGAUUUUCCAUUUUGUAACCAUGGCAAGCGAUGUGUUAUGAAGACUGUGUUGAAGAUUGGUCCCAAUAAUGGAAAGAACUUUUUUGUGUGCCCUCUUGUGAAGGAAAAACAGUGUGGCUUCUUCCAAUGGGCAGAAAAUGGGCCAGUACUCAUGAUGACAGUGACAGUAUCAUUUGAUGUGCAAAAAAUCCUUCAUCAUUUAUUAGAGACAAGGACACUGCAGUAUGGAAGAGACCACCUGCAACAGGGCCUGCCAGAUGACCGUAACUCUCUACUCUGGUACAAAUGCAAGUCCAGAAAUUUGUUUGGUCAACCAGAACUAUAAUUUUUCCAGAAGUUUUGGAAGACUUAAUAAAGAUGUGAGUAUGAGGCAGUCAAGAUGCAGGAAAAUAUAUAUUCAGAUUGCAGAAGAAAAUAAAACAAUUCCCACUUAUUCCCUGCAAUAAAAAUGAAUGAAUGUAGCUGUUUCAGUUAUAAAAUAUCCUGAAACAUAAAUUUAAGGUGCUUAGCCAUAUGAUUAAGACAGAUGGCAGUCACAAUCUCUCACCUAAAUCAGUGUGCACUUUUCAGGCUGUAAUGCUGCUUUACCAGAUAGCUCACCCCGAAGCAUCGUUUCCGAACACAUUUCUGUAACCCUGUUAAGUAAGGCUGAAGUAGACAUUCUUGGAUGUAGGAAAGAUAUACUGAUCAUUAAUUAAUUACUGAGAUUACAAAGAUCUCUGCUAAAUUGUUAUCCUGUGGACAGGCUGCUAACAUUGCCAGAAUAUCAUUACAAAUAUUGAAAGUUUUUACCUAUAAAUUCCACAUACGGGAUGGCAGACCUGAAACUGUGACUGUAUAAAGAAAAGGGUUGUGCUUAGGCUGGUAGUCUCCCAUGUUUGGUUUGAGAAUAAAAUAUACUCAUUCUGGGAGAAAAGACACCUAGUUUGUAAUUCUGAGGCACAAGAUAUGUAUGCUGUUAGUUGUUCACUAUUAAGUCAUAACAUUAUUGGAAACAGACACUUGUUAAAAUGAAAAUGUCAUAAGUGGGAAGUUAAAAGAACCACACUGAUAGCAAAUUCUUGUAGUCAGAAGUUUUACCAGAAAGUUGCCUUAAUGCCUUAUUAGUGAACCAUUCAGGAAUUUGGUCUGUUUUCUGAGCUCUGCAGGAAUUCAAGGAAUGCUUACCAGAUGCUUACCACAUACAGGUAAGAACGGGAAGAAAGGGUUAAAUCCACAAGAUGUGGUGAGGAGGAGGGAAUAGUUUUGCUCAAGGUGACCUUGCAGCUGGGAUUGCUAAAAAUGUUAGUGUGGGAAAAACUAUGUCCAUUUAUUAUGCCUAGUGUGGUUUAUCUUCUGCCUGUUUUAAGUGGAAUUCCUGUGAACGUAACACACUCUCACAGACAUGCACAAAGCCUUCUGUAGUGUUAAGACAAGCAGAGACCCUCCUGGUGCCCACUAGGGUGAGCUAAGCCCAAGGAGCCUGUGUCCCUGUGUGUCUCUCCUGCCCUGUGUUGUAAACAAUGUUCACAAUUAAAUAAAUCUACUCUGCA